AUGUCUAACACUUUACAACAUUUUUGGACUGUGAUUUGCAUUGUUGGAUUCUUGUGGCACUUCACCAAUGGAAGCUUUGUGAAGAAUCAUCUCCGAUCAAGUUUUAUACAGAGGAAACUAAGUGGCAGAGAAAAGCGUGAGAUGCAGAGGGAGAUCCUCUCCAUUCUGGGGUUGCCUGGGAGACCCAGACCUGCAAGCGGUGGCCAGUUCCCAUCUUCAGCACCCAUGUUCAUGCUGGACCUCUAUCAUGCUAUGUGCAGCGAGGAAGAAGAAGAUGGGGCACAAGGAGUAUCACGAGCACUCUUUACCACUUUAAGCACCCAAAGCCCACCCUUGGGAGCAGUAAUCAGUGAAGCUGACACCGUCAUGAGUUUUGUCAAUAUGGUUGAACAUGAUAGAGAUAUCUUCCAUCAGAAGCCAUACUGGAAAGAAUUCAAGUUUGACAUGACGCAGGUUCCUACUGGAGAAACUGUGACUGCAGCUGAGUUUCGCCUUUUCAAAACCCGUAGCUUCUCACGGCAUUUCAACAGGACACUUCACAUCAGUGUUUAUGAGAUUCACCGAGACCAUGCAAAUCGGCAGCCUGAAUUAACCUUGCUGGACCAUGAAAGCAUACAGACCGGAGAUGAAGGCUGGUUGGUUUUUGAUGUCACAGCUGCUAGUAAUCACUGGUUGCUUAAUGCCAAGUAUAAUUCAGGACUACGUCUUUAUGUGGAGAAUGAUGAGGGGCAGAGCAUUGAUCCAAGUCUGGCAGGCAUCUUAGGAAGACGUGCACCACGAUCCAAACAACCAUUCAUGGUUACAUUUUUCCAGGCGAAUAAGAAUCAGAUCAGGUCUACAAGGGCAGUAAAGCAGCUGAAGAAAAGGCAACAGAAGAAGCACAGUGACUUACCUCACCCAAACAAACUUCCUGGUGUAUUUGACCAUGUACACGUACCUGAUGGCAAACAAGUAUGCAAACGACAUGAGCUGUAUGUCAGUUUCCGGGACUUAGGCUGGCUGGACUGGGUAAUUGCUCCACAGGGGUACUCAGCAUUUUAUUGUGAAGGAGAAUGCUCAUUUCCACUUGACUCCUGUAUGAAUGCCACCAAUCAUGCCAUCUUGCAGUCACUGGUUCACCUUAUGAAGCCAGAAAGUGUUCCUAAAGCUUGCUGCGCUCCAACAAAGCUCUCAGCCACCUCAGUGCUUUACUACGACAAUAACAACAAUGUGAUCCUAAAAAAGCAUCGAAACAUGGUGGUUAAAUCUUGUGGAUGCCACUGAUCAAGAGUUGAGAUGGGGAUUUGCACUAAAGGAAAUACUAAGCAUGUUUAUGCAACUUACUGGUCUAAUACUGUACAGAUAAUUGCCAAUCUUUGAAAA